CCUGGCCUAAUCGCUCGCGCUGAAGAGCCCCGCAAGAGCCCGGUCCAGACCUAGCUGGCACUUCGGACUCCGUGCCGUCGCUCCUUCUGCUUGUCGCUCGGUCAGACCAUCAUGAAGACUGGCGAAGCGGAGUCAGACCUAGCUGGCACUUCGGACUCCGUGCCGCUAGGUCUGCCCGUGGUUUCGGCCUCUGGGGUGGCAAUGGGACGGCGCGUGUCUGAGGAGACCAACCGACGCGUCACCGUGAUAGUCGAAGAGGCUCGCGCAAGAGGCGGCGACAAUCAGCCGAGCAUCCCUGCUCGGCUGGCGAGCGCCACCUCGCGCAAGCUCACCCUCACGGCCACGCGAGUCUUUGGGAGGAAGGGCUGCGCCGUGCCGUCGCAUCCCGUCGCGGCCUCGGCGGCGCUGCUUUCUCUAGCCGUCGGCACUGCCGCCUCCACUGCUGCCUCCGCCGCUGCCCUCGUGCUCGGAAUCAUCGAGGUCUCGCCGGAGGACUGGUGGUUUCAAUGGGUCGGUCUCGAGAACGACGCAGAGGGCGGCGAGGCGGCCGUCGUCGGCGCCUUUCUCCUCUUGAUCGAAGGCCUGCUCUCGCUCGUGCUGCUGCUGCUCAAGUUGGCGCUGCUCUUCUCGGCGUCUCUCGUGCCUGCAGUCGUCGUGCAGACGCUGGCGUUUAGGCGGCUCGCAUGGUGGCCUCAUGCCUUGGCCGUCCUCGGCAGCGUGUGCAUCGCAGCGUUCGCGGUGGGCGCGGUUCGGGUGGCCGUGCGAGGGCAGGCCGAGGCGCCGCCCUCGCCCCCGCCGUGGUAUGGCUCUGACUUCAGCUAUGACAAUGACGAUGAUUAACGUCGCGCGGAUUGGGUUUGAUGUGGCCUGGCCCGGUGCUGCGGGGUCACUCUAUACAAUUUGAAUAAAAAUACAAUUUAUUUU